GGAAACCUAUAAUAAUCUACCCGUGCCCGUUGAUGAAGGGAGUGUAUUGUAUAUUUCAUAAAGUAUAAGGUUGAUAUGUGACAAUCAUCAUCUUGUUGUGUAUAAAUCAUAAACGAAGAAUCAAUCAAUCGUAUCCCCAUUGUUGUAAGUAAAAAAGAUGCCUUUGAAGACGGUUGACGCUACCUUAUCGACCUUCAACGCCGUCUUCGAGAAAUUCAAAUCAGAAGCACCAAACAACAAGAACAAUCUCAUCUUGUUUUUGGCUGAUAACGAACCUUCCACUAAUCGCAGUUGGUGCCCUGACUGUGUGCGAGCUGAACCAGUUAUAUACAAGAAACUUGAAUCAUCAGGCGAUGAUGUGGCACUCCUGAGGGCUUAUGUUGGGGACAGACCCACGUGGAGGAACCCACUGCACCCAUGGAGGGUGGACUCGACGUUCAAGCUGAAAGGAGUCCCGACUUUAAUCUUAUGGGAGAAGGGUGAGGUUAAAGGUCGCCUUGAAGACCAUGAAGCACACAUUGAGAAAAAGAUUGACUCGCUUCUCGCCACCAAAUGAACAUCCUGAUGACCAGACCACCAUGGUUGCAUAAUAAGCUGCAUCUGCUAUAUGAUGUUUAGACUUGUUGACCAUAGAAUAAUUGAGGUUAUGACAUCAAAUAUGUUUUGAGUUUAAUACUAUGCAAGAUCGUGUUGGGAUUAAUUAAUAGUUUGCCUUACUUUAUGCUGGAAUUUUAUGGGUA